GGGGGGGGCAGUGGGGGGGGGGGGUAGCGCGAGAGAGGGAGGUUGAGUUGUCAGUGUGACAGACUCGCGCACGGACUCUUUGGACUUAAUCGUCGGGUUCGGUUCUCCGUCAGUCGGUACCGAGAGUUAAAGUGACCGAGCACCGUCAACGCGCGCGCACCCCCCGCAGCCUCACGAGGGGACCGGACACAGGACGGCUGGUCGCCGCUUCGGAUGCCCCUCCGCGAUCAGGUGACGAUGGGAUUGCAUUGAAGAGGACGCUCUGUGACUAUUCGCUGUUACCGUCCAGCGGUGGCGUCAAAAAACCCUAAAUCUAACCCGAGACACCCCGCAGCUGGUCUAGAAUCAACCGAACCGCCACCACAAACCACACCUAACUGCCCGGCAGGCGAUGGACAACUGACCAGAGACCAGAAGGAAGCUCCUCCCCUUUCCACCUGCAGCCAUGGCGGGGCUAAAACGCCACCGUGAUGGGAAGAUCGCCGGCCUGUAUGACCUGGACAAGACGUUGGGACGCGGACACUUUGCUGUGGUUAAACUGGCCCGGCACGUAUUCACUGGGGAAAAGGUCGCGGUGAAGGUGAUAGAUAAGACCAAGCUGGACCCGGUGGCGCGGGCGCACCUUUUCCAGGAGGUGCGAUGCAUGAAGAUGGUGCAGCACCCCAACGUGGUGCGCCUCUACGAGGUCAUCGACACGGCCACCAAGCUCUACCUCAUCCUGGAGCUGGGAGACGGGGGAGACAUGUACGACUGCAUCAUGAAGCACGACGGAGGCCUCACUGAGGAGGUGGCCAAGUGUUUCUUCGCCCAGAUUGUCCACGCCAUCUCCUACUGUCACCGGCUGCACGUGGUGCACAGGGACCUGAAGCCGGAGAACGUGGUGUUCUUCGAGAAGCAGGGCGUCGUCAAGCUCACCGACUUCGGCUUCAGCAACCGGUUCCAGCCCGGGAAGACGCUCAACACCUCCUGCGGCUCGCUGGCCUACUCUGCCCCCGAAAUACUGCUGGGGGACGAGUACGACGCUCCCGCCGUGGAUAUCUGGAGUCUGGGGGUGAUCCUGUUCAUGCUGGUCUGCGGCCAGCCCCCCUUCCAGGAGACCAACGACAGCGAGACGCUCACGAUGAUCAUGGACUGUAAAUACACAGUGCCGGCACACAUCUCCCAUGCAUGCAGAGACCUCAUAGCCCGGAUGCUGCAGAGGGACCCCAAGAAGCGAGCGACCCUCGAGGAGAUCGGCGCCCACGAAUGGCUUCAAGGCGUCGACCCCUCCCCGGCCACCAAGCUGUCCACCCCUCUGGUGUCCCAUCGCAGCCUGUCGGAGGAGGAGCACGGCUCCAUCAUCCAGCGCAUGGUGCUGGGGGCCAUCGCAGACCGAGACACCAUCACUGAGGCUCUGGAGUCGAAUCAGUACAACCACAUCACGGCUACAUACUUCCUGCUCGCGGAGAGGAUGCUGAGGGAGAAGCAAGAGAAGGAGCAGCACAGCCAGACACGAUCCCCCAGCCCCAGCAAGGCCCAGUUCAGGCAGUCCUGGCCCACCAGAGUGGACGUUCACCAGGAUGUCAGUGACGGCUUGGGGGGUCCGACUAUCUCCCACCCCGGGGGGCCGCAGUCGCCUGCCCGCAGUGCUGAGAGCCUUCUCAAAGGCCCCAGGCCCAAAACGGCUCUGCUGGACCUCAGCCAGCGGCAGGAGAGCCACACACAGGCGUCCGGCCAGCAGCCCGCACGACAGAACCAGGAGAGGGGGCUCAGGCCUCUGGUAAAGCCCCACUCCAACCCCCUCAGGCUGGGCUCUAUGACCUCAGUGGUCCCUUGCAAACCUCGUAGUCCCAGUCUUUUCAGCGUGGAGGAGGACGAGGAAGAAGAAGGGGAAGAUAAGUGUUUCUCGUCCUCUGCGCUUCCUGCUCAGGUGGUGCUGCGUUGCAAAGCCUCUUCCUCCUCAUCCACGUCUUCUUCUGCCAAUCGUCUGACGUCCCGUAUGAGCGCUCCAGUUCUCAACCAGAUCCACGAGGAGGAUAAAGAGGAGGAGGAGGAGGAGGAGGAGGAAGAGCAGGAGAGGAGGGAGCUGCAUGGAUUCGGCCCGCCCAAACCCAGCCUCAGCCUCAGCCUCAGCCUCAAUCUGAACUCUAGAAUACCAUCACUGCCCACGCUCACAACAUCGCCCCAAACCGCUUUCACCCCCGGCUCGGAGUCUAGUGACGACGAGACCGAAAGCCACCAUAAACCAGACACGGCGACUGUGGGCGGACAGGGGGAUGAGAGAGGAGGGAGGGAAGAGGAUGGAGAGAAAAGGGGAUCAGGGCAGGGCAGUCCAUCCAACUGCGCCAGUCCCGGAUCAGGUUCGGGCCAAGGCAAGGGCACCCCAAAAGCUGCCAGCGGCCUGGUGGAAAGCUUAAAGCUGAUGAGCUUGUGCCUGAGCUCUCAGUUCCACAACCUGACGGGGGGAGGAGGAGGAGGAGGAGGAGGAGGAGGAGGAGGAGGAGGAGGAGGAGGAGGAGGAGGAGGAGGAGGAGGAGGCGUUGGUAGCGUUGGUAGCGGUGGCGGCGGUGGCAGCGGGGGCGUUGUUGGCGGGGACGCCCAGGACCGUCCCGUGUGGAGGAUGUGCAUGGGCGGCUCCACCGGUAGCCUGGAUAAGGUCUCGCUCCUCGGCGGGCCCUCGCCCAGGGGGAACCUGUACCACCACCGGCCCCCGCUGGGAGACGCGCUGGCAGACCCGCUGCUGGAGGGCCCCACGCUGAGGCUGGGAGAGCUGGACCUGGCCAGGGAGAACCACAGGAACAUGAAGAACCGCGUGCUGCAGAUGCCCAUGAGCGACAAGACUCUGUCCGUCAACAUCCACCGGAGCACCAAGGAGGGUCUGCUCUGCACUCCCACCCCACACAGCUGCUGCCAGGUCAUCUAGAGCGCAGGCGGACGCUCCAUCACCUCCACUCAUCUGUACAUCCCGUUAUCAUCUCGCUUUCCACCACUUCAUUCAUGCUUUUUCCUGUUAUUCAACACUUUACGGGCGGUGGACGGACGACAAGGGAGGGGAGUCCAAAACGCCUACUUUGCACAUUUAGAGACGCAAAAAAAAAACAGUCUCCGUGGAGGACACCGGGUGCCAUGCCAAGUAUGUGAAGCACUUUAAACGGGCAACAAGGGACAUUUUAACCCGCUGGUGUGUUUUUAAAGGAGAGACAUUAAGUACGGGAGGUGCUCACACCCCUGCUCUUACACACCUGUGUGUGUGUAUAUUGUAUGUACACACGUUGUGCACGUCCACACGCACACCCACAUCACUCUCUGAUAAGCUGGUGGACACUAAAACACCUGACGAGUUUUAGUGUCAUGUCGUGAUGCUGGUUUUUUUUCUUUUUUUUUUACCAUUUCUUUUUUUUUUUAAAUAAUUAUUUUUUCGAGACAAUCAUUUUAUGCGUUCUUUUAAAAAAAAAAAAAGGUUUUAAAAGUAAUGACUGUGUUUUUUCAUUCAAACUAGGACAAAGAACAGGGUGAAAAAUGGACCGAGCGGCACUAAAGUGUGACAGUAUUUUGUAGUCUUAUCACUGUUUUAUUUUUCUAUCUCCGACGCGGCGCAGACUCCAGAAAGGAAAACAAAAGGCUCACAUAUGUGUGGACACAUAUAUAUGUACAUACGUGGAUUACCUUCCUAGCAGUACUCUGUACUUGUAGUAUUGACGGUGAAGUUGUAUCGCAGUAGUAAACCUGAACACUAGAUCAUCACACACACACCAUUAUUCUCCACUCCUACCGGAUAUCCACGGGUUUUUUUGGGGUUUGAACCCAAAAAGGUGGAAAGUGUGUUUUGGCUCUGCAGGAAAAGAACUGACGUGAAACCAAAGUGAAUUAUUACACGACGGCAGCUCUUUAAAAUAAAGGAGAAUGACUUCCAGGGUGCUUCCCAGGAUCACGGUAGCCACAGUUGUAGCAUAUUCCAAGACGACAAAAAAAAAAAAACAACAAAGGUUCUUUUUUUCAAUAGAACAUAACAACUCCGACCCCUUCUAGUAUCGGUCUGUGUAACUGGAUGUGUGACCCCCCCCACCCCCAGAGUGGAAUAUAUAAAUAUAUAUAACUUGAUCGGUGCAUGUGCUUUUUGCUGUAGCAACGUUAUUCUUGCCCACUGAGGUCGAUCCACCUGCUGUGUCUAACCCGAAUAACGGAUUCCAAUGGUCACUUUACCGUAUAGCCUCACAACUAAACCAGCGACUGCAAAAUGUACAACAAAAAAUGGAUGUGCCAUAAUAUCUGUCUUGAGCAUAUUGUACUGUAUGUACUGUAUAUGAUAGAGAUCUAUUAAAAUGAAAAGAUGUGAAUAAAGUCCGUUUCUUGACUUUU